AUGGUCGAUUACCUAUUGUCCACUAGGUUUCAAGCCAAAAGCGAUGGGGCAGUUGGUGGCCUUCCCUCCACGGGAAGUAAAAAUGGUGAAAAUGUUGAUCUUGUGCUUAGUUGUGUAGAUAAUUUUGGAGCGAGAAUGACAAUAAAUAUGGCUUGUAAUGAACUUGAUCAAAUAUGGAUGGAAUCAGGUGUUAGUGAAAAUGCUGUCAGUGGUCAUAUACAGUUAUUAAUACCCGGUGAAACGGCUUGUUUUGCAUGUGCUCCUCCCUUGAUUGUUGCCGAUAAUGUUGAUGAGAAAACGCUUAAACGUGAUGGUGUGUGUGCAGCUUCUCUUCCAACUACAAUGGGUAUUAUCGCUGGUUUACUAGUUCAAAAUGUACUCAAAUAUUUGCUAAAAUUUGGUUGUGUAUCCAAUUAUGUGGGUUAUAAUGCUCUUCAAGAUCAUUUUCCAACAAUGACAUUGAAACCAAGUGAUGAAUGUGAUGAUAGUUACUGCAGAAAAAGGCAAAUGGAAUAUAAAUCGAAACAUAUUGAGCCUACGCAAGUCAUUUGUCAACCUGUACAAGAUGUUGUUCAUGAAAAUAAUGAUUGGGGAAUUGAAUUGUUAUCUAAUAGUUCACCAACGAAUGAUGAUGACGAAAAAUCACCGAAUUUAAUUGGCGUUGUUAGUGGCAGUGUUGAUCAAGUACGAUACGCAUAUACAAUAAACAAACCAAAUAAAAUUGAUCCUCGAUUUGAUUCCAAUAAAACAUCAGCUACAUCAUUAACCAAAGAUGAUGAUUCAGUAGAAGAUUUAAUGAACAGAUUAACCAAGUUAUGA